AUGGAUGACUCGCUUUCACGGCCAUGGUUUCCCGAGAUACCAUCUCGUAUACAAGCGGUCAACGACACCAUCACGCUCGGCAAGGUGGACUCGGCAUUCAAAGCGAAGAUGGAUCGAGAUAUGAAUGGACUUGAUGCCGCUCUUCGGCAGCUGCGCGCAACACGCAACGCUUGCAAUCCCUGCUACAAUCACCACUGGAGAUAUUGGGAGAGACCUCAGAAACCUUCUGCUGGGUCGCCCGCAUCUCUGGGCCCACAACAUAUUCUCCUCCAAUAA